AUGAUAGUGACAAUAAACAACAAAACAAUAAAUAGAUGAAUAAAAAAAGAAACUAGGUCUAACUGUACUUACUUAUAUAUCAACAUAGAAUAUAGACUUAUAAUAAACAUACCCUAAUAAUAAUAUCACCAAGGGACUGGAGUAAAAUCAUGCAGUAAAAUACCCACUGAUCUGCUCAGCUCUAUCCUACAUUAUGUUUCCUAAACACAGUGUUCUCCUGAACAACAAGCUCCUCUGUCAAUCAGCAUGACGCGGACAGACCACGGGGUUGAGGAUAGUCGAGGCUAUAUAAAGACAACUGACAUCAGCCAGCUCUCCAAACACAAGCUUGAGCAGGCAUAUAAAACGUCAGAUCACUGAUUCUGCCCACUUUCCACCUUCCACUAUCCUGGAAAUGGAUAGCAUCUCCUCCGGCGCGCCGACCACCUCCACCCCUGUUACGCACCAGCACAAAUAUUCCAUGGAUGGUCCCCAGUUUAUGGAUGCGCAGUGCGCCGGCUCCUCCAAAGUCUUACUGGCGUACAAGAGCGCCUCGCAGCACCUGAAUUCUUCGGGAAUUAAAGCGGGUUUGGGGAUACUUAAAGUGGCCACGUCUCAGUGGAAACAGGAGAAGAAGACGCGCUCUGGGGCAGCCGUGAGGCAGCAGUCUAGCACCAACAGCAGCCAUCCUUGCAAGAGAUCCCCACUGGAUCAGCUGGCAGCUCUGGUCCUCCACGGUCAAACCCGGCACCACCAGAUUGGCCAAGGACACCGACAAGACCCCCUUCACUCCACUAAACCGCAGAACUGUAAACGCAUCGUGGUUCUUGGUGCGCCACGGGUUGGAAAGACCUCCAUCCUUAGACGGUACCUUCGGGACGGGUUUGUGGAGGAUUACAAUCCCACUUCCGAGGAUUUCCUCAGGAAACUAUUUCGUAUCCGCGGUGAGACCUACCAAAUCGACAUCCUCGAUGCGUCCAGGGAAAGGGACUUCCCAGCCAAGCGGCGGCUGUCUAUCCUGACUGGAGACAUUUUCCUUCUAGUAUUCAGUCUGGAUGACCGGAGCUCUUUUGAAGAGGUGUGCAACCUGAGAACAGAGAUUCUGGCUGCUAAAUCCAAGCUCACCAGAUCCUCUGUGCCAGAGCAUUGCGCACAGCCGCGGGUUCCCCUGCUGGUCUGCGCAAACAAGGUGGACCUGCUGGAAUCUGAGCGAGCGAUAUCUAAGGCGGAGGUGCUCCAAGCCCUCGGUGAUGACUGUGCCUAUUUCGAAACGUCUGCAAAGGACAGCACCAACCUCGAAAAAGUCUUCGAGACUUUGGCAAAGCGAGGCGGGCUCCCGACUGAAACUGGCCCGUCGCAGCAUCGCAAAGUCUCGCUCCGCUCGUACCAGGCGAUGCGGCCGGGCCGUGUGGCCGGGAGGGGCAGCCAGGUGCCAGGGCGAGAUGAUCCCUGCGGCACGCUGUACCCCCUAGCCCGUCGGCCGAGUUUUAGCACGGAUCUCCGUCACGUCAUUGGGCCACACACGGCGAGAAAGGCUGGCAAAGGACUGGAGAAAUGUCAUAUUCAAUGAGAUACAAAGGGACUAUGAGAGAAAGCGUCACGGAGCGAAUAAAACAAGGCAUGAAGCACUGAUGCUCAUAAAAAUGUAAUGCAUUAUGGGUGUCUAAUUACAUGAUUACUUGAGAUUAUGUUUUU